CUGCAAUCUUAAAAGGGAAGCGUAUAUGAAUGUGCUUCCGGGAUCAAGCUUUCUCUUCGCUUCUGGUUCGGGUUGGCAGCCAUGGUGAACGUGCCGAAAACCCGCAGGACUUACUGCAAAAAGUGCAAGAAGCACCAACCUCAUAAGGUUACCCAGUACAAGAAGGGCAAAGACUCGCUGUAUGCUCAGGGUAAAAGACGUUACGACCGAAAGCAGAGUGGGUAUGGUGGGCAAACAAAGCCAAUCUUUCGUAAAAAGGCUAAAACCACAAAAAAGAUUGUGCUAAGAUUAGAGUGUGUGGAACCUAACUGCAGGUCCAAGAGAAUGUUAGCCAUCAAACGUUGUAAGCACUUUGAGCUUGGAGGUGAUAAGAAGAGAAAGGGCCAGGUGAUCCAGUUCUAAGCUUGAUGCUCUUCAACGUUUUUUCUCAAUAAAACAUUUAACACAAAA